AUGGAGAAGGAAUUCAAGGAUAAAUCAGUCGCCGCCGUUUCUUUCUCACCAGUAGUUCUCUCAAGAUCCGAUUCUUAUAGCGGAGUCGUAGUCAGAGACGUGGAUGUAGUUAGAGACGUGGAUGUAGUUAGAGAUGUGGACGUAGUCGGAGAUGUGGAUGUAUUCAGAGACGUGAAGCCAACGACGUUAUCAGAAUAUCCAACAAAUUCAUUAGGAACUAUUUCCAGGAUAUCUGAUGCCAGUUCUUUCUCAGAAGUCAGCAUCCAGCCUGAAAGAGGAGUCAGUUCCAGAAAUCCUUACUACCCAACCCUUCAACAACCAAUCAAAAAGCAGCAACUAUCCUACGGAUACCCAUCUGAUCACUACCCAGCGUGUGGGUACCCUUCAAGUGGAAAUUACCCAUAUUCAGAUUUCCCUGGUAGACAUAUUUAUCCUAAAGGUCGUUUCCCUAGAAAUGGGAUGUACCCUAUCACAAAUGAGGAUGAUUUGACAAUUUUUCAGAGUAAACCGAAUUCUGAAUUGGAUAAGUUUGGAGAUCAUUAUCCUGAUAACCAGGGAUCAGACAUUUAUGAGGAUAGUGAUAGUGAUUAG